AUGACAUUUGCCAGUAUCGUUUCUCGCCGUACGGCACUCGCACUCAGGCGCCAGGCGGCCCCCGCUCGGACAUUUGCCUACAGUGCCUGUGUGCUUCAAGAAGCGCCGAAAGCUGCAUUGCCCAAUAUUACAGCGAUUGUAGACAGCAUUGAGAAGCUUACGCUGUUGGAAGCUUCUGAGCUUGUCCAAGAGCUCAAGACGCGGUUGAAUAUUACGGACAUUGCAAUGCCCUCUGCGGCUCCCGCCGCUCCUGCGCCGGCCGCCGACGCGGAGGACGCGGCAGAGGAGAAGCCCAAAGAGAAGACGCUGUUCACCAUCAAAUUUACUGGUCUCGGGGUUGAUACGGCCAAGGCCAAGGUCAUCAAGGAAAUUAAGGCUAUUAACAGCACUAUGAACCUCGUGGAAGCGAAGAAGUUCGUCGAAUCUGCGCCACAGACCUUGAAGGAGAAUGCGACCAAGGAGGACGCAGAAAAGAUCAAGGCUGCCAUUGAGGCAGCUGGUGGCAAAGUUGAGCUCGCAUAA